CAUCGCCCUCUGUCUCCCUCUGUGACACACAGACUCUCCCGCAGCUGCACGGCGGAUCCACGGAAGAGCCGGUCUGACCAGCGUCACGGACGGGCACCGUGUCCGCUGCUCUUAACGCGAGUCCUCACUGGCAUGGACACCGGUGGAGAUCACUGACCAAUCCAGGAACCAUGCCUACUGUCCUCGGUGGCAAAGGGAAACUUUCCAUUGUCUGCUUUUUACUCCGAUGCGCAUAUUCUCAGGUGACAAGAAGCCAACACAACAGCUGUGCCAAAGAUACUCUGGAGGACAUGACUCAGUCCUGGACGUCCCAGCAAGCCUUAGGGGGUGACCAGGCCCAACAAAUCCUCUACAACCCUAAGGAAGCAAAACUACCGACUACACAACAAAGACAAAGUCGGGGGGAUGUUCAGCUGCGAAUGACCCGUCACCCUCGUGUGGCACCUCAUAAAUCCAUGCUUGCUGAUGACCUGAAGCUGAGCAGUGAUGAUGAUGACACUGAAAGGGCAACUCAUGAUUCAGCUUCCUGGGAUGGACACAGCCUGUCAGCAAAGCGAGCGCACACACAUGGCAGGCGGGUGAGACAUUCCAGCUCGGACUCUUCAGGCUCAGACUCCACUGCUGAGUCGGGCAGCAGCAGCCUUCACUCCCGGAGCCCCAGCAGGAGUCCAGAAGUUCACCCACAUCCUGCGUCGCCUGCCAACACACAGCCACCAUGCAACAGCAAGGAGACUGAUCCCCCCUCUGCUGCCCAGUGGCAGUUGGAUAAAUGGCUGAAGAAGUCCCGGAAAAAAUCUGCCAGUAGUGAACAGGACCCCUCUCAGAGCAUUCCAGGACGCCUUCCCUCUCCCCGCACCCAAAGAGCCCCAUCUCCAGCCAGAUCCUGGAACAGCAAUCGGGAAUACAGCCCUAGCCAAAGCCCUAUUCCCAGCCCACAGUUCAAUUACAGCCACAACAACAGCCCCCUACCUAGCCCUGGUUAUAGCUUCUGCCCUAGCCCCAGCCCAUUUCCUAGCACCUGCCCAAGUCCAAGCCCUAGCCCGAGGCACAGCCCUAUCCCCAGUCCAGUUCCAAGUGUUUGCCCCAGUCCGUGUGGGAGCCCGAGAGCCAGCCAUAGUCCUAUACCUAGAGAACCUCCAAGAAGCCCCAGUCCCAGCCUUCCUGCUUCUUCCAGGGUCCGUCACUACCCUGAGGUUCAGAGUCAGAACCAAACACAACCUAGCCUAACAACCACUCCCCACAGGACAAAAAAUAGGUCAUGGAUUACCCCAUUGCCUAACACCGACACCAAGAGCAAGCCUACAAACAGUACUCAUACUCAGCCAACUCAUCAGCACAGGCCCAAGACUCGGCCCACACAGGACCAAGACCAAAGCCAAAGCAAAUCCAAGGUUUCUGCUGUUUUAAACUCUAACCAGAGUCACAGCCAUAAAUCUAGACCCAAGCCUAACAUUUAUCCAAGUUCUAAACAGCUCGCUGAGGCUCCCAAAGCCAAACACACAUCACAUUUUGAGCAAACCCAGAGUAGCAGAUCUAACCACAACUCCAACCACAAAUCCAGGCCUCUGUUUCAAGCUAGCUCCCAACAUAGCCCCGCAACAGCAAAGCACUUGGUCCCCACUAGUCGCGAAACCAACUCUGGUUGUUCCCAAUCUACCUCUAAAGCUGCUACUAAUUCUAAUACUGGGUUGAACUCUAGAUCAAACCCUAGUCUAAAACCUAGAACCAAGUCUUGGGAGGCUACAGCCCCAACUCCUGCGCAUGUUAACCAUACAAAAACAACACAGAAGAAAUCCCAGUCCAAGGAACAGGAGGUGGAACACAGAGGAGAUAAUCUGACCCAAGCAGAGGGGAGAAAACCAGAGAGAAAAGAGGACAGACAUAGGCAAAAACAACAAGGGAAACAGGAGAGAAAGGAAGACAGGAGGCUGGCGGAGGAGCAGCUACUGAGACGUCCCUGGAUCGAGAGUUCGGCGGAAGAAGAGGAGGAGGAAGAGGAGGAGGAGGGAGUGAUAGAGAGGCAGAGAAGGAGAGAGAAGACAGCAAGAGGGGAAAACAGGAGGAGGAGGGAGCAGCAACAUAGACGCGAAUGGCAAACAGUCCAGGCCAAACAGAGACAGCCUGCCAACACAGAGCGACACAGCCUUCAAGACGACUCGCACCACCAGGGGAGGACAAAAAAGGGAGGGAGAAGUGAGGAGGAGAAAGAGUUACAGCAAGACCCAUCACCUCCUUCGUCACGUUCCCCAACUCCUCGUAGACGAUCCUCCUCAUCCUCUGCCUCCUCCUCUUCAAAGUCAGAUUCAGAAUCUGAAUAUCAGGCUCCGAUCACCAAAGUUCCAGCGGACUCUACCUCCCACAAGAGACUCCCCAAGAGAGGGCAACAAGGCCCAGGCAGACCUGAUGCCAACAGGCCAAAGGUGGUGCACCCCAGAGGACCCACCUCAGGUAAUCCAAGUGAGGAGCAGCAGAGUGUGGGGAAGAAAAAACUCUACACCCUGGUCCCAUUUGGGCGAGGUGACAAGGCUACAGCGUCUUCCCAGCGAGGGCUUAGAAAUCUGGUGGUGCAGAUAGACCUCUGUCUUCUCAAAAGGGUCCCAGACAGCACUACUAGUUCCACUUUAAAAAAAUCCUCCUCUUCUCCCUCCUCUUCAUCGACCAAGAACAAGCAAAGAGAGGCUAUGAAACACCUGUCUGUCCCUGAGACUCUGACGAAAGACAGCAAAAGGAAACGCAAGUUGGAGAAUGGUGUGUCACAGAGAGAAAGCAAGAGGAGUAUUCCUCAUGCAAAUGACCUCUCAGGCUGCACUGAGUCUUCAUCUCACACAGCAGAGCUCAACUUUGUGACUGAGACCACACACAACGGGUACUUGGAAGAGUACUUGGACAGCAAGAGGCCAUUGUCUCCCCUGUCUCCACUGUCCGACAGCCCCGAGUCCAACAAGCCUCCCCCCAAAACAAAGACCUCGGAGCAGCAUCACGUCCAUGUCCACAAGAACAGAGACAAGAAUAGAGAUUCUGCUAUAAAGCCCAAGAUGGAGGUGGAAUGUGUAAAAGUGUCAAGGCAGCCCCAACCACCAUCCGAGUCCUGGGGCCCUGCAGGACACAGGGGGGCCAUGCCAAACCAUGAAAUUCCACAUCAUGCUGAGUACUACUUACAUGAAGCUAAAAGGAUGAAGCACCGUGCAGACGCAAUGGUGGACAAGCUGGGGAAGGCUGUGAAUUACAUUGAUGCCGCUCUCUCCUUCAUGGAAUGUGGAAAAGCAAUGGAGGAAGGGCCACUAGAGGCAAAGUCUCCUUAUACCAUGUACUCAGAGACAGUAGAGCUUAUUAGGUACGCGAUGAGGCUGAAGAGCCACACUGGCCCUGGGGCGAGACAGGAAGACAAACAGCUGUCGGUUCUGUGUUUCCGAUGCCUUGCCCUCCUUUACUGGCAAAUGUUUCGUUUAAAGAAGGACCAUGCACUGAAAUACUCCAAAGUUCUGCUGGACUACUUUAAGAGUUCUCCCAAAGUGCCUUCUACACCACCCGAUUGGAAUGACUCUGGGAAGGAUACAGGAAGACCCCCUUCCUCACUCUCCCCUGAUGCCAAACACCUCAGACGGGGUUCGCACGGGGGCAGCGCCUUCCCUUCUCUCAUAAGCAUUCCCCAACGUAUCCACCAGAUGGCAGCAAAUCACCUGAACAUUACCAACAGUGUCCUGUAUAGCUAUGAGUACUGGGAGGUGGCAGACAACCUUGCAAAGGAGAAUAAAGAGUUCUUCAACUACUUGAAUACUUUGUCUGGGCCAUUGACUCUUCACAGUAGCAUCGCUCACGCAGUCCAAUACACCAGACAGGCUCUUCAGUGGAUACGCAUUAGUGCCAAACUUAACUAACAAGGAGAGGAUUUACUUUAACCUGCCCACUGGAUCUUAGAAGAGACAAAAAUCUGGAUCUCUAUGCAGCUGACAGGACAGCACUGAUACCUACUGAGCUGUGUGAAAUGGAGUUGGAUGAAAUCCCAUGGAGCCUGAUCAUCCUCAUAGGAUGCCGGGGUGCUCGCCAUCCGAGUCUUAUAAAGCAUUCUGAAGGAGCAAUCUCUUAACUUCUCACAGCUGAACUACAUGCACAUUCUUCCUCGUCAUUGGAUUAACCCGAAGAGUUGUGUGCGCUAUGGAUGUGAAGUCUUUAAUAAUUUGCCAAAUGUCCCAUGAGGACAGAAACAGUACUCUCAUACAGUUGUGUGUGCAAUUUCAUGUGUGAAGCCUUUUUCAUACUUUGGAUUUAAUCAUUAUCAAGCGGAUUGUUUCUCUGGGGCCAAAACAGAAGAAGAUGUUUUAAAAAGACCAACCAAUCAUAUACCACUUUCUCCAAAGUAGAAAACGUGUCUGCAUCAUUUUCUAAUGAAGGUUUUAAUGACUCCUCUUUUUAAAUCUCUGAUAUUUCCACGUUUAUGUGUUUUUACUGUGCAAUAUUUGAUGGAUCUGUUUUUAGAAAAAAAAAGAAAAAAUACAAGAGAAUAAAAUGUUGGUGAGUCUA